GCAAGUGUAACUAUAAUACGUAGAAGUCAUAUCAAAUUUGGUGAACUCUACACUAGAUUCAUUUCUUUAUAUUAAAAGAAAACACUAAAAAUGGCUGAUUUAUUUGACAACAAGAAUUUCCCGCCAUUAAAAAACGACAGAGUCUUGAAAGCAGCUCGAGGAGAAGAUGUCGACCGAGUCCCAGUUUGGGUUAUGAGACAAGCCGGCCGCUAUUUACCAGAAUUCCGCAAAAUAAAGGAGGAUAAUAAUGCUGAUUUCUUUAAAAUGGUCCAGACACCUGAAAUAUGUUGUGAACUGACAUUACAGCCAAUAAACAAGUUUGACCUAGAUGCUGCUAUCAUCUUUUCCGAUAUUCUUGUGAUACCACAGUUACUUGGUAUGACUGUUGAAAUGCUCCCAGGCAAGGGACCCCAUUUCCCACAGCCUCUUGAAAAACCUGAAGAUAUGGAGAAACUUAUUACAAACCCAAAUGUGCAGGAAGACUUGUCGUAUGUCUACAAAGCUAUAACAUUAACUAGGCACAAGCUAGAGGGAAGAGUACCUCUUUUUGGCUUCACUGGAGCUCCUUGGACCUUGAUGUCAUACAUGAUAGAAGGAGGUGGCAGYACAAACUUCACUAAAGCAAGGCGAUGGCUUUAUGAACACAUUGAAGCMAGUGGCAAGCUGCUKCAGAUGCUGACUGAUGCUAUUGUUGAAUACUUGGUUCUUCAAGUAAAAGCUGGUGCACAGAUUCUUCAAGUGUUUGAAUCCCAUGGUGGGCUACUUGGUUAUGACACAUUCAUGYUGUACUCGCURCCGUAUUUAAAACAAAUUGCACAGAAAGUUAAAGAAAGACUUGGAGCUGAUGCUGUUCCCAUGGUUGUGUUUGCUAAAGGAGCACACUAUGCUGUUAGAGAUCUUUCACAGACAGAUUACGAUGUUGUUAGUUUAGACUGGUUGAUGUCCCCAACAGAUGCUAGAAUACUUGCUCCAACACAAACUCUUCAAGGAAACUUGGACCCUGCAGCUUUAUAUGCAACUCAUGAAGAAAUUGAGGCAAUGACAAAACAAAUGGUCCGUAAGUUUGGUAUUCAGAGGUAUAUUGCUAACUUGGGACAUGGUAUGCAUCCUGAUCACGAUCCGSAAAAAUUGAGAACUUUUAUAGAUACAGUACACUCGUGCUCAAUAGAAAUGAGAGAAAGAAAAAUGUCGACAUCAGAUGGUCAUUAAAAGACUUACAUAUAAAAUGAGAUGAUACAGAYGAGAAUCAGUGAUAAAACUUGUACUCUUAGCUACUAUGUUGUAAUGUUUAUGGAUUGAAAUGAUUAGAGUAUAGAAAUAUACUGCAAUGCACACAAAAAAACUAGAGA